AUGUCCGAGACUACAGUAUCAGGCCUAAAUAUAUUUCAAAUAUUCUACUUCUAUCUCCCUCCUUCAAACUAUCAAGGUGGUCCAAAAGAUCCACGAAUGCGAGAUAAUGACGCUUAUGAUUUCUGGAUCUAUCAAAUGCCGUACAUAAGAUGUCAAACGUUCAUCAUUGGCAUGCUUGUGGGAUACUUUCUUGAAAAGAAGAAAACUAUUCGAAUUCGGAGAAGUAUAAACCUAGUAAUGUGGUUAGUUGCGCUCAUAUCAAUGAGUAUCGCACUGUUUGGGUUGAAAGACUGGGCGAGCGGUCAUCAAUGGGCUUUGUUCCCCAGAGCAAUGUAUUCAGCUUUCGCGCGCCCAUUAUGGGCCUUUGGCUUAUCAUGGAUAGUCAUCGCUUGCUACUAUGGAUACGGAGGUCUCAUAAGUACUUUAAUGUCUUUGCCGAUCUGGGUGCCGCUUUCUCGGCUGUCUUUCUGUGCUUAUCUUGUACAUAUAUUAGUUAUUGGCAUUCUAUUUGGCAUUGAUCAUGGAGCUGUACACUUCUCAGGAAUAUCGAAUGCGUUGAUUCGGACUUGUCUUCCCGUCGCCAUACUCACCUUUGCUGUAGCCGUGUUUUGGAGCUGUACAUUUGAGCUCCCGUUUGCAAAGUUAGAAAUGAAACUCCUCGCUGGAAAACGUACAGCCUCUGCCAAGGACAAAAAGGUUGCUCACAUAAACGGCACGAUCGAUAUAGUGAAGACGAAAAUAUAA